GUAUGGAACUUACUCGCUUUAUUGCUCUAGUCAAUACAGUCAUGUGCGUUAUGUGAUCUGUACUUACCUACUACUCCUGGAACAAAUGACUGGAUUCGACCCGAAAAUGACUAACCCCAGAGCCAUUCAACUUUUCAAUUAUGUCCUACCUAAAAUCUUAAACUGUUUCACCAAAUUGCUAAAUAGAUCGGACUACAGCCCAGAACAAGUUGAAUUUUCUCCGGCAGAUUGUCUGGCGGUAAUAAAAUUCUGCACCACGAUUGCAACAUUUUUCCCAAAACCGACUGUCUUUUCAAGUCCUCACACUCCUGAGCUCUUUCGACAUUGUUGGCAUUUUAUUUCGAUAAUCCUGGUUGAAUAUUUUCCUCAUCAGUUGAACGAUCGAGACCAGAAAGAGUUGGAGAAAUACAUCUUGAAUGACAUCCGCUACAACGAAAAAGACACGUCUACUCUACUGCAUGCAUGCAUGCAUGCUCCAGUAUACCUACGUCGCUACUGCUCGUAUCCCCACUUACCUCUGAAAAGCAUCCAUCUGUUCCUUGAACUCGGCGUAGACCCGAACGCCACCGAUAAUUAUGGAAGAACUGCCCUUCACAUCUUGGCUCAACUCAGGAAAAGCUAUUCUGAUAGCGGAUUGCACCAACGAAUGUUUAAAACCCUGGUGCAAGCCGGAGGCCAUUUGGACAUGGCGACACCGGAAGGUGAAACAGUCAUCAGUAUGCUGAAGGAUACUACACGUGAAGAUGAUGGUAGACAUCCCUAUUUUGAUUCUGUAAUCAAUGGCGUCUUUCCGCUAUCCUGUAUCUGCGCUCGAGUUAUUCGGCAGAAUGGGAUCCCAUUCCACGACGAUCGAAUUCCACUUAAUCUCCAGACUUUCGUCUCUUGGCAUAGCAGCGUACGCGGACAAUCUGGAACCCAAGAUAAACAGUAAUUCCACCGAAUUCCACAUCUCAAGAAAAUGAAAAUCAUCUUGUGAUCGAUUGAUAGCUGUGAAUUCCAUUUUGAACUGUUGGCCAAUUUCUCAAUGGUCUCGUCUUGAACUUGUGUUCCAAAUUUCAUUUUUGUUUGUGUUGCUGUUGCAUUUCAAAACCUGGUUUCUUUGAUUAGUUGGACCUAGAAAUUCAUUCUGAGUGUGGUUGAGUUGUGUGCAAAA